AUGGCCCCGGAAGCAAAUGCUAUCCUUGUUCAUGGCGUAUCUUUCAAGAAGAGAGCUCCACGAGCUGUCAAGGAGAUCCGUGCUUUUGCCGAACAGGCUAUGGGCACCAAGGAUGUCCGCCUCGACCCCCAAUUGAACAAGAAGGUCUGGGAAUCUGGUAUUAAGGGUGUCCCAUUCAGACUCCGCGUCCGCAUCAGCCGUAAGCGUAACGACGAGGAGGGUGCCAAGGAGAAGCUCUACUCUUACGUCCAGGCUGUCAACGUCAAGGACCCCAAGGGUCUCCAGACCACUGUCAUUGAGGAUGCUUAA